CCAAAAGACACGAAGUUCAAUUAGAGCUCUCUUACAUACUCUCGCUGAUUCCGCUUGUUCCUUAGUUCUGCUAUUGAACAGCUGCCAGUUAUACAUUAGUUCAUACGGUGAUUCCACGAACCAACAUCAACACACAGUUCAAGAUGGCUGCCGCAGCUUCAGUUUACCCGCCGCUUCAUCAGCGCCCGGUGAAGAACACGGUUCUUCUGUUCGACGUCGAUGACACACUCACAAAGCCUCGCCAGCUCGUAAAGCCAGAGAUGCUUCAGCUGCUCUCCGAGCUCCGUCACAAGGUCGCCAUCGGUUUUGUCGGUGGCUCGAACCUCGCGAAACAGCAAGAGCAGCUCGCAACCGCCGACGUCAACGUCACAUCUCUCUUCGACUUCUGCUUCGCCGAGAACGGUCUCACAGCAUACCGAUUGGGAGAGCAACAGGCUAGCCAGAGUUUUAUUGGCUGGAUCGGGCAGGAGAAGUACAACAAGCUUGUCAAGUGGAUCCUCCACUACAUCGCCGACCUCGAUAUUCCCAUCAAGCGUGGAACAUUCGUUGAGUUCCGCAAUGGCAUGAUCAACGUCUCCCCCAUCGGUCGUAACGCCUCAACCGAAGAGCGCAACGAAUACCAGAAGUACGACAUCGAGAAUGACAUUCGACCAACAAUGGUCCGCAAACUAAAGGAGCAGUUCCCCGACUACGGUCUCACCUACUCCAUCGGCGGCCAGAUUUCCUUCGACGUCUUCCCCACUGGCUGGGACAAGACAUAUUGCUUGAAUUUCAUCGCGCAGGAGAAGGAGAGAGAAGACGGUGUAGACUACCAGACCAUCCACUUCUUCGGUGACAAGACAUACAAGGGCGGAAACGACUUCGAGAUCUACAGCGAUGCGAGGACGAUUGGUCACUCGGUCAAGAACCCAGAUGACACAUACGCGCAGCUGCAAGAGCUGCUCAAGUCCUUUCAGCAAUAGACGAAGGGGGGGUCGAUCGGGCACCGACACGUACACUGUAUGCACGUUCUGUGUGGAGAGUUCAAUCUGAGCAGGGUUCGAGCAUUUGCAUGUUAUAUCACGAAUCUGGACACCCAUUGAAGUCGAAAGUCCAUUCAUAGAUGUCCGCGCAGCGUACAACAGUCAAAAUAAUCACAAGUUGUGCUUUGUUGCUUCAUAAACAGCACUAAUGGUGUAGUAUCUCAUAAAUGGUCUCUACCUGCUAUG